UUUUUAGCUUUUUGCUUCACUGGAGUAGUGUUAUUGUUAUCUCUUGCUUCUCUCUCUUCUAUCACACACAUACAUAUUCAUGUUUCAAUUUCAUACACACACAUAGAUUUAUAUCUUCAUGAUGGAGACGGUCAAGGGUGGAAGGUAUUAAUGGUAGUGGUGGUGGUGAAUUUGGUGCAGUUUCAUCAGUAAUUGCUAUGAUGGAGUCAUGUGUCCCACCGGGGUUUCGGUUCCACCCAACAGAUGAAGAGCUGGUUGGUUAUUAUCUCAGGAAGAAAGUUGCUUCGCAGAAGAUUGAUCUUGACGUUAUCAAAGAGAUCGACCUUUAUCGCAUUGAACCAUGGGAUCUCCAAGAGAGAUGCAGGAUUGGGUAUGAGGAGCAGAAUGAGUGGUAUUUCUUUAGCCACAAAGAUAAGAAGUAUCCAACCGGAACAAGAACCAACAGAGCCACCAUGGCAGGGUUUUGGAAGGCCACAGGAAGAGACAAAUCAGUGUACGAAAGGACCAAACUCAUUGGCAUGAGAAAGACCCUCGUUUUCUACAAAGGAAGAGCCCCUAAUGGACAAAAAACUGAUUGGAUCAUGCACGAAUAUAGGCUUGAAACUGUCGAGAAUGGACCUCCACAGGAGGAAGGAUGGGUGGUGUGCAGAGCCUUCAGGAAAAGAACCAACGGCCAAACAAAGACUAUUGAAGGAUGGGAUCGAAGCUACUUAUACGAUGAACAAGCAAGUGGUGUCAACUCUGGGGUGGACCCUAUUGACCUUAUCAUAAGGCAACAACCUCAGAGUUUUUCAGCUCAAAGUUUCCUUUACAAGCAAGAGAUGAUAGAAGCAGAAAGUUUGAGCUUCAUGCAUGCAGAUCAAUUGGUGCAACUUCCUCAGCUAGAAAGCCCUUCUUUGCCAUUAUUAAAGAAGCAAACCUCAGUGUCGACCCUUAUAUCUAACCAAGAUGAUUAUCAAAAGGGUUUAUCAUCCAACACAAAGAAAGUGACUGAUUGGAGAGAUCUUGACAAGUUCGUGGCUUCUCAGUUGAGUCAAGAAGAGAGGCACGAGAUAGAAGGGGUGUCAAGCUUUGCUACUCAUACUAGCUCAGACAUGCCAUUGCUGCUAUUGCAGAAUAGUAGGGAUAAUGAAGGGAACAAGUUAAACCCGUUUUUAAAUACAAGUUCAUCAGACUGUGACAUUGGAAUAUGCGUAUUUGAAAAAUGAAGGGAUCGAUGCAUGGGUAGGAUGAAUUUGUUGCAUUGGUAGUAACUACAUAAAUGUUUUAUGGAUCCAGCAUGUUGAGACAUAUGAUCAUAUGUAAAAUUUUAAUUUGUAAAAACAUGUGUGGAGGAGUGAGAAUUCAUAAUCCCUCUGCCCCAUCAGUGUGAGACACGAGUGAAUGUGUCGGUGUAAAUUGAGAUUCAUGCGCCCAAUAUAUGACCCCAGGACCUAAGUAGUUUAACAUUUAAAUUGUCACAAACUCAUAAUGUGCUAUAUAUGUGGCUUAAUGAGUCCUCUAGUGCUUAGCUACAGCACAAAAUAGUGAUAUUCUAUGCUCUUACUGUUAUUUCUGAUUAAAUGCUGUAUUCUUUAACUAUUGAGUAAAAGAAAACUUAUCAUGUGCCCUUUUCAUUAGGCAUGCAAGUUGGAACAUUCCGCUGCUUUGUGUCUUGAUA